CCCAAAGUAUUGGGAUUACAGGUGUGAGCCACCGCACCAAGCUUAUUUUCACAUCUCUGACUUGUGGAUGGAAGAGUUUUUUCUCUCAGUGGUGCCUAAAAUAAUGGUCAUCUUAGUGCUAAUGUCACCUUUGGCUUGAUGAGUUAAGACAGAGCCAGCAUUCCCUGAAUGACCUUUCUGGGCAUUUCUCCCCUCUGUUCCACAGACUCCUCCUUGCCUCAAUUGCUCUGUCCUCCCUGGAGACCUGUACCCAGGGGAUGCAAGGAGCCCCAUGGCUUGCAAUGGCAGUGCGGCCAGGGGGCACUUUGACCCUGAGGACUUGAACCUGACCGAUGAGGCACUGAGAUUCAAGUACCUGGGGCCCCGGCAGACACAGCUGUUCAUGCCCAUCUGUGUCACGUACCUGCUGAUCUUCACGGUGGGCGCUGUGGGCAAUGGGCUGACCUGUCUGGUCAUCCUGCGCCACAAGGCCAUGCGCACGCCCACCAACUACUACCUCUUCAGCCUGGCCGUGUCAGACCUGCUGGUGCUGCUGGUGGGCCUGCCCCUGGAGCUGUAUGAGAUGUGGCACAACUACCCCUUCCUGCUGGGCGCUGGUGGCUGCUAUUUCCGCACACUGCUGUUCGAGAUGGUCUGCCUGGCCUCAGUGCUCAACGUCACUGCCCUGAGCGUGGAACGCUAUGUGGCCGUGGUGCACCCGCUCCAGGCCAGGUCCAUGGUGACACAGGCCCACGUGCGCCGAGUGCUUGGGGCUGUCUGGGGUCUUGCCAUCCUCUGCUCCCUGCCCAACACCAGCCUGCACGGCAUCCAGCAGCUGUAUGUGCCCUGCCGGGGCCCAGUGCCAGACUCAGAUCUUUGCACGCUGGUCCGCCCACGGGCCCUCUACAACCUGGCGGUGCAGAUCACUGCGCUGCUCUUCUUCUGCCUGCCCAUGGCUGUCAUCAGCGUGCUCUACCUGCUCAUUGGGCUGCGACUGCGGCGGGAGAGGCUACUGCUCAUGCAGGAGGCUAAGGGCAGGGGCUCUGCAGCAGCCAUGUCCAGAGACACCUGCAGGCUCCAGCGGCGCGAUCGGGGCCGGAGACAAGUGACCAAGAUGCUGUUUGUCCUGGUUGUGGUGUUUGGCAUCUGCUGGGCCCCGUUCCACACCGACCGCGUCAUGUGGAGCAUCGUGUCACAGUGGACAGACGGCCUGCACCUGGCCUUUCAGCAUGUGCAUGUCAUCUCCGGCAUCUUCUUCUACCUCGGCUCGGCGGCCAACCCCGUGCUCUACAGCCUCAUGUCCAGCCGCUUCCGAGAGACCUUCCAGGAGGCCCUGUGCCUCGGGGCCCACUGCCACCGCCUCAGACCCCGCCACAGCUCCCACAGCCUCAGCAGGGUGACCACAGGCAGCACCCUGUGUGACGUAGGCUCCCCAGGCAGCAGGGUCCACCCCCUGGCUGGGGACGAUGGCCCAGAGGGGCAGCAAGAGACUGAUUUAUCCUGAGUGGAGCCUCAAAGUGGCUUCACCUGGAGAGGCCAGAGGGUCACCUGGAGCUAGGGAGACAUAUCUGCCUUCCUCUGCAGGGAUGCCUUCACGUGCUGUCCCUAGUUCAGCCUAGAAACUCUGACCAGCACCUCAGUUUCCCUCCAAGGGAAAUAGCAGGAGGAAGGAUCCCUGAUUGCUGAGGACUCACACUGACCAGAUGCCACACCGUGCGCUUCUUAUCCCUCCACUGCCACUCCCCCAGUUCAAGUCCUUCCCCUGCAGAAAUAUCACAGUUAGUUGGAGCUCAGCAGUCCUCUCUCUGGGGACUCCCUGCCAGUUUCUGAAACGGUCCCACAGGGUCCUUGCUGUCCUUCCCAGUUCCUGUUCAGGUUCUGGCAGGGGCCCAGGGAUCCAGGGGACCUGGUUCCAGUCUCAGCCCUGCUGUCGCCACCUUGUCAUGUGCCAUCAAGCAUAUCAGCCUACCUUUCUUUUUUUUUGAGAUGGAGUCUCACUCUGUCGCCCAGGCUAGAGUGCAGUGGUGCGAUUUUGGCUCACUGCAACCUCCGCCUCCCGGGUUCAAGCGAUUCUCCUGCCUCAGCCUCCCGAGUAGCUGGGACUACAGGCAAGCCCCAGCACUCCCAGCUAAUUUUUUUUUAAUUUUUAGUAGAGACAGGGUUUUACCAUGUUGGCCAGGCUGGUCUCAAACUCUUGACUUCAGGUGAUCCGCCCACCUCGGCCUCCCAAAGUCCUGGGAUUACAGGCAUGAGCCACUGCGCCCAGCCAAUCAGUCCACCUUUCUAGGCCUCAGUUCCUUGCCAGAAAAAUGAAAGAGGCGCUGGCUUUCCACAGUGUUUUGGCACUUUAGCUGUGGUUUUCUUUCUCUGUGUGUGUAAGGCACCGCUUGUAAUGAAACCAACAAUACCCUCAGAUUGACAGGGCGGAAAUUAUUAUCUGCAUCUUUAUCAACCCCAAGCCCUACUUCCUCCCUGACCUCCACAUGCCCUCCCCAACCUCUCCCAGCACAAGUAGGGCAGAGCCGGCAUGGAUGCUGACCCCACCACCACAGCCCACCUCCGUCCUCACGUACGUGCAGACUGGCUUGGGGGUCCAGUGAGCAGAGUAUUGGACUUGGCUGGCCAGUGGGUCUCAGAGCAAGAGACAUGGCCAACCAAGGGCAAGGAGCGACCCUGUGGAGGGUUCUGCCGAACUCAAUGCAGUGAGAAGAGGGACAGGGGAGGGAUAGGGACAAGUAAUCCUUGAAACUGAGACCCAUCCUGAAUCCCUGCAGGCCAAGUCAGUGCUCAGCCAGGACUCAGUUCAUGGAGGAAGCUUGUCCUGCUGCAGUCCCUGAGUCUUGUUCUCCUGAGAGAAGCCCUGGCUUCCAUGGCUGGGAGCUGGAGGAUGACCUGGGGUCUAUCUGUCUGGGUUCUCCCUGCAGACAGCUUCCUAGCUCAUGCCCCUUGCUCGUGCUCCCUGCCGAGAAAGUGGAAGACGUGGUACAGGGUUGCAGAUAAUGUUUAGUUUUAAAAAUUCAUUUAUAAAAAUAAUAAAUGCUCAUCAUAGAAAAUUUGGAAAGUGCAAAUAAGCAAACAUGAAAACAUUUUUAAAAAUGUAAAACCUCCCUUGCCAGGGGCUGGGGGGAAGGGGAAGUGAUGAGUUGUUUAAUGGGUGCAGAGUUUCAGUUUUGCAAAAUGAAAAAGUUAUGGAGAUCAGUUGUGCAACAAUGUGAAAAUACUUAUCAAUACUGAACUAUACACUGAAAUGGUGAAGAUGGUACAUUUUACGUUAUGUGUAUUUUGCCACAAUUUUUGUAAAAAGAGGAUUAAAUCUAAAGGAAAGAAAAAAUUAAAACCACCCAUAACUUUACUCUGAAGCAGUAACAGUGGCAUGUUUCCUCCUAA